AUGUCACCGUUGUCACAGACAAAGCGACGACUUGCCGGUCGUAAGGCUACCCGAGCCACUCCUCGGCCCCGAAAUGGACGCUCUUCAGCUGCCCAGUCACAUGGACAUAGUAUCCUACCACGAUCGUCCCAAUCUCGAGAUUCGACAGCUAAUGUAAGCCCUCCAGCAAUAUCCCAUGCAACAGAGGCUACAGCCGAAUCAAGACAGGAGAACACCCUUUCAGAAGGGGGCGGAGAUGAUGAUUUAUGCCAAAUUAUCAUGGCCAUUGAUAUGAAAGAUCGGGGGACGGUUGGUUGCUCCUAUUAUGUUGCUGAUCAGAAGAAGCUUUAUAUCGUUGAAGAUAUUGCCUCUGGGGGUAUGGACGUCGUGGAGACAUAUUCUCAAUUUCGACUUCCUUAUCACCUUGAAGUUCGGCCUAUCCAAGAGUUUGGUUUUGAGCGCGCCAAAACGAAACUUACAAGUCUCAAACUUAGGCAAGGGAGUGCCGAUAUUCCCAAAUUUCUCGUUCCUGGAAACGCUUUCUCCCACGAAAAUGCGGAAGAUGCCGAGGAUGUAGGCUUCACUAGCCAACAAGGGGAACUUUUGUAUCUCGCUGGCAUCGUCGAUAUGGAGAAUCACGUUUCGGUCGGAUGUGCCGGUGCUCUUAUAGCAUACCUUCAAAGAAAGCGCUCAACCCAGGAUUUCCAGGGAGAUUCAGCUGGAGAUCAGUUAUUGAGGAUAGACAAGAUUGAGAUGUCAUCCUUGAAAAGCAAUAUGUUCAUUAACAGAGACACUCUUUCAUCGCUUCAAAUAAUCCAGUCAGAAUCUCACCCGAAUGCAUUCAACCAAGGCCCAGGUCAAACUUCUUCUAGUUCCAAGGAAAGCCUCUCGAUUUAUGGUCUUUUCCACCGGUUUGCUCGUACUUCCCAAGGGAAAACAAUGCUGAGGCAAAUCUUCCUUCGGCCCACCAUUCAUCAGAGUAUCAUCUCUGAACGACAUGUUUUUAUCAGUACAUUUCUGCGAGUAGAGAAUGCUGAUGCCGUAGCAAAGCUGACAAAGAGCUUAAAAGGCAUUAAAAACUUACGCCCUGUUAUGAUUCAUCUUCAGAAAGGGAUUAGUACUGGAAAUGCUCGGUUUAGGGGGUUCAAGAGUGUCGUUUGGGCCACAAUUUUAGAGGCUAUGCAUAAACUGGAAUUAGCGAAACUACACCAGGUUGGAAGGGUGAUCCAUGAGACGGUAGAUCUGGAGAGUUCAGUCCAAGAACGUCGAACCAUCGUAAGACCAGGAGUCGACCAGGAGCUGGAUAAAAUGAAAGAAAUGUAUAAUGGCAUGGAAUCGUUGCUUAGCGAUGUUGCAGUCACCAUUGCAGCUACCCUUCCAGAAGAAUUGAGCAACGAAUUGAAUGUGAUAUACUUUCCUCAACUUGGCUUUAAUAUUGCUAUCCCGCUCGACGAACAGGGUAGACCAGUGUAUGAUGGGGGGGAUGAGGAAUGGGCGCAGGUUUUCACUACCGAAAAUCGGGCAUAUUUCAAAGAUUUCCGCAUGCACGAGAUGGACGAGAGAUUGGGCGAUAUGUAUGGGAAUAUUUGUGCGAAAGAGAUUGAAAUCGUCUACGACCUUGCCCAAAGCAUUCUGGGCUAUGAGGAGAUAUUAGUUGAAGCAUCAGACGUAUGCGGAGAGAUUGACAGCCUGUUAGCGCUUGCCCACGGGGCCGAUUUGUACAAACUUGUGCGACCACAAAUGACAGAUGAAAACGUUGUCAUUAUAAAAGGGGGACGACACAUCCUCCACGAAGCCACCGUAUCUUCCUAUGUCCCCAACGACACGUUUCUUGUCGGUGGAAAGGGAACUGAGCGAUAUCAGUCUCCCACGGAUGACCCUAAAUACUCCGGAGACUCUCAAGCCUCAGACUGUACGGGACCAAGUAUGCUUCUGCUUACGGGCCCAAAUUACUCGGGAAAAAGUGUAUAUCUAAAACAGGUGGCGCUCAUUAUCUACAUGGCCCAUAUAGGGAGCUUUGUUCCCGCGAAGACUGCAACAAUUGGGGUUACUGAUAAGAUCUUAACUCGAAUCACAUCUCGGGAGACUGUUUCAAAGACUCAAAGUACAUUCGCAAUUGAUUUGCAGCAGAUCUCGUUCGCAGUAGCAAACUCGACCAACCGAAGCCUGAUAAUUAUAGACGAAUUUGGAAAGGGCACGGAAUCAGCGGGAGACGAGCGUCCCAAGGUAAUAGGUGCGACACAUUUUCACGAAAUACUUGAGAAUGAGUUCCUACCUCAAAGACCAGAACUCCAGCUUGGACACAUGGAAGUCCAAGUGGAUCCGGCUGCUUCGGAGCUACAAGAUCAGAUCACGUAUUUAUAUAACUUCCGAUUCGGGCGCAGCAGCGAGAGCUUUGGAACCAUCUGUGCUGCGAUGAAUGGUAUAGACCUAGCAAUCGUUUCACGGGCGAAUGAAAUUGGAGACCUAUCGCGCCGUGAGGAGGACCUUGUUGCUGCGUGUGCAAAGAUGACAAAUGCAGAAAUAAACGAGCUUGAGGUUGCUGAAAAUAUCGCAAGAAACUUUCUCCAAGCCAACUUUUCCAGGCCAUUGUCCAAUAUUAGACAAUGCAGCCAAUCUGACACUGUCACUUCUAUCCUCGACGGUAUUGUCGGGAAUAUAAGUGAUGCGGACACGACCAGAGGCGGCGGAGAGACUUUUCAGGCUGGAAGUUCUUCGGAUACAUCUGUGGAAGAGGUCUAUUGA